AUGAACAAGCCAGAAAGGUCCAAGUCUUUGCGUUCGACUCUAAAGACUGUUGGAGCGAAGGAAGACACCGUGACCAAAAAAGAUACUUUGCUAUCAAAAACAUUUAAUACACCACCAACGGCAUCAGAAGCUAUUGAUGACUAUUUUAUGAGACGCAAUACGAAGACCAGUAAACGAACUCUAGCCGAACUUCGUGCGGACCCUGAAAAUGGACUGCCUGAUCCCCAACAUUACGCAGAAUUGCUUGCUAUGUAUCGUCAUCCAUCUAUUGAUUUUCUGGAAUCUAAUCUCAUGGUACUUACUGAUAAACUUCUCCCCAAUGUGUGUGCGCAUCUUGAAUCUGGUUUUAACGUUAUCCUCUAUGGAGUUGGCUCAAAAAUUAGGAUAUUGCAAAAGUUCCAAACAGAUUAUCUAAAAGGAUAUGACAGUCUCUCUAUUGCUGGCUAUUCCUCUUCGAUGUCCAUUCGGAAGUUAUUAAACACCAUUGUUGAGGAUGUUUUGGGGUUGGAAAAAAUCCCCCUUAACGCUCCUACUCGACUGAAUACCAUCAUUGAUUUCUAUUCAAGAGAUGUUGCUGCAGAAACACCCCUAUAUUUGUUAAUCAAUUGCAUUGAUGGGCCUAAUCUACGUUCAGCCAUUGCUCAAUCCGUUCUCGCUCGGCUCGCUUUAGUCCCCCAUAUUCGUCUCUUGGCCACUAUGGAUAAUCCCAAUUUGCCCAUUUUAUGGUCUCAAACUGAGGUUUCUCAAUUCAACUGGGUGUGGGAGGAAUGUGCAACGUUGCUUCCCUAUAAGGAAGAGGCCUGUUUCGCCAACAGCCGCCUUCUCCAGCGUGUUCUUCGUGACUGCAACGAGAGUGGAAAGAGUGGUGAUCCGAUCAGCGGUCUACGUCAUAUUUGGGCUUCAAUCACGCAAAAUGCUCGCGACAUUUUCCGUCUCCUUGUGGAGUACCAAUUGGAGGAAAUUAAGAGCAUUGAAGCGGCUGCUGCUGCUGCCUCAUCAAAGCUACAGAAGAACAAAGCGAAGGAGAAGGCAAAGAGGGGACGAGAUGAGAACGCUGCCACUAGUGGACCCAAGGGUAUGCCCUUGGAGGAGUUGUACUGGCGCUGUCGUGACGCAUUUCUGGCUACCUCAGAAGUCGCUUUACGCGCGCAGCUGAUUGAAUUCAAGGACCAUAAAUUCAUCAAAUUUACAAAGGAUACAAACGGCACUGAAAUGGUCUCAAUACCGCUUCCCAAAGUAAGCCUGGUUCAAAUCUUGGAGAAUAAAGAAGUGUUCUCCUGA